CGUCUGAACCGAUUGCUACUGAAAUUUCAGGGAAAACCGCAAGCUUGCGUCGAGGUGGCGCGCAGUUAGCGCUUGAACAGGCCUAAAUGAAGAGCGAUCGUCACGGGGACAGGUGAUCGAUAGCGAUUGCGAGGAGCCGCGUGCGACUCCGUGUCUCUCUCUCUGUGUGUGAGAGUGCGCGCGCGCGCGCGUGGUCGCACAGGGUAAUCGUGGCGGUGACGCGCGGGGGUAGGGACGGAGAGGAGCAAGAUGGAACUCUUCCUGAUUCUCGUCUGUCUGAUUGCGCCGCCCACCCUCUCGCUCUCGAUCAAGAGCAAGCUCAAUCCACGGAUCGUUCAGACACGGUACGGCGAGGUGCAGGGGGUCAUACGCUCCUUCGAGAACGCCAAGUUCCUCAAGCCAAUCGACGUCUACCUUGGGAUACCGUACGCCACCCCACCGAUCGGCGGCAACAGAUUUUCACCGACCAAGGCACCUAGCCCGUGGGAAGGAGUCAGAUUAUCGGAUUCGAUCAGUCCCGUCUGUCCCCAAAAGCUGCCGGACAUCUCAAAUGAGCAAGAAGCGUUGGAGCGUAUGCCGAAAGGACGGUUGGAGUACUUGAAGAGGUUGCUGCCACACCUGCGGAAUCAAAGCGAAGAUUGUCUCUACCUGAACAUUUACGCACCGGCGAUGGGUGAGUAA